CGCGUGAAGGGAUAAAGCGCCCGGAUGAGGAGCAGGUACCAGGACCUCACGUUUGAGCCCCUUAGACAGACGUCUGAACUUGUGCGCUGCAGUAAUUAUAUCAGAGAGCAUAUCUAAACCAACAGCAUCAUGAAGAACAAGGAGCUAUCUAAACAAGAUCGGGAUUUAGUAGUGGAGAAGUAUCAAUCAGGGUUGGGUUAUAAAAAAAUAUCCCGAACUGUGAACAUCCCCCGGAGUACCGUUCAUUCUAUUAUUAAAAAAUGGAAAGUGUAUGGCACAACUGAGAAUCUGCGUAGAGAAGGCCGUCCACCAAAAAUCGGUAACCGGGUAGAGUUUGGGACGCCCCACUCUGGUAAAGCAUAAAAACCCCUGUGAGCUUGGGAUUGAGAUUGGUGUGGAAGCACGUGAUGCCACGAUCAAAAGAAAUCUCUGAGCACCUCCGCAAUGCAGUGAUUGCUGCUCAUCAGUCCAAAAAGGGCUACAAAACCAUUGCUAAGACUUUGGGGCUGCACCUAUCCACUGUCAGAGCAAUUGUUUACAAAUGGAGAAGGUUCAACACCACAGCCACUCUACCCAGGAGUGGUCGCCCUGCCAAAAUGUCUCAGAAAGCAAUCCAGCAAAUCCUCAUCAACGAAGUCACAAACAACCACAGGGUAUCUUCAGAGGAUACGCAGGACCAGAACAUGCCUAAGUGCAUUGUCAAAGAUUGCCCCCAUAAAACUGGAAGGAAGCCCGAACGCCCUACUGUUGUGUUUCAUGCCUUCCCAAAUAAUCUUGAUAAAAUAAAACAGUGGCUGUUGCAGACCAGACAAGACUUUGGAGACCUUGAAACAUUUGCCAUUGAGGUCCUUGAAGGGAAAAAGAGUGAAAAGCAUUGCUUAUGCUCAGAGCAUUUCACAAGUGACUGCUACAUUUACCAAGGCAGCAAAGUCCUCCUCAGCCGUGACGCUAUACCCACCAUAUUCCCUGGGGGAGAAAAAAGUGGCACCACAGAAGAAUGUGAGGUUGGACCUCCACGUAAAAGAUACAGAAGUGGCACCCCAGAAGAAUGCUCGAUAUUCAUAGACGCUUUAGGAAUACCAUCACACACUAGGCAUGAAGAUGCAAGCACGCAAACAGAUCCUCAUUUUGGACAUAAAGAUGUUGGAACAAAGACCAGUGCUACGCUUGGAAAAAAGCAUGCAAGCACGCAAACAAAAGGGAUUUAAUUCACAACUUCGAAAUGUGUGUCCUUGGGUGACAAUACAGGAUCCAGUAAGGCUGAGAACAGUGGUCCUGUUAUUGUCAGAUAAUAGUGACAUCAAUGUCCUAGUCACAGAAUCCCUCUCCGGUCAGCUGGUAAAUGUUCUCAAGGUCCUCCUAGUGAAGUCAUCUGUUAUCAUGUGCAGGGGAAGUGUUGGGUGACUUAAGAUGGGGUGAAAUUUUAAAUAUUCUAGAGGACAUGUUUUGAAAUGACCAUGUCAGAUAACGUCAAAGUGUUUGGAUAAAGUCUUAAAAAUCUCAAACUUUCUUCACAAUCUUCAGUUUGAAUUGGAGCAAAAUUCCUUAAAGGAGCACUAUAUGGUCAGGAAUACAAAUAUAUAAUCCUGACCCUAUAGUGUUAAAAACACUGUUUAGGUGGCUGGCCUCCCCCUCCACCUUAAAAUGGUAAUAAACUUACGUUUAUUACAGCACCUUGCAGGUCUGCCGGCAUUUGGCUCCACCCUUGAUCCGCCUCCUUGGCUGAGAAUUGGUAAGCAUUGGAUUGGCUGAGAUAGUCAAUUCUGAUGGCGCUCUGACCCAGGAAGCACUUCUAGUGGCUGAGUCUGAGUCUGCCAGUGGAGGUGUCCCUAAGCUGUAAUGUAAUUUCUUUGAAAAGGCAAUGUUUACAGCAAAAAUUCUGCAGGCACUGAGUAUACACACUAGAACCAGUACAUUAAGCUGUAGUUUUUCUGGUGACGAUAGUAUCCCUUUAAAUUGAGACAUAAAUUAAUGCUUUUUGGUGGAGAGAAA